AUGGAGCUUUGUGCUAUAAGGGCUGAUUUAUUGAAGGCUAGAGCCAUGCAAAUACAGCAGGUGCAGGUGCGUUCGGACUCUAUGGUGGCAGUGCAAAUGAUUGUGGGAACGUUCCAACCACAUUGGGAAUUCCUAUGGUUACUUGAGGAGAUUCAGAGUUUACGUGAUAGUUUUUGCAAUUGUAGCUUUAAUCACCAUGUUAGAGAGAUUAAUGGUUGUGCAGAUUUCUUAACAGGUAUUGUACACCAUGUAGAAGAGGUUGAUUUUAAUAUUUCUGAUCUUCCUAAAGCACUUUCCACUCAUAUUAGGAAUGAUGCUUUGAAUAUGACUUAUUACAGGUUGUAA